UCCCAAACUUUAGAACAGCAGUGUAAGUGUGUAAAUGCUUGCUGCUGUAGAUAUUGUAGUUAUUCUCAUUUGUACGUCGCUUUGGAUAAAAGCAUCUGCUAAAUGCUUACAUGGAAAUGUAAAUGUAUAAUGGUUAUCGCGGCGUGUUGGCGGGGGCGUGGCUUAGAGGCGUGUCUUGGGCUUGUAUGAGGGAGAAAGUUUCUGCGGGACUCGGUGAGUGUCUGGGGUUCAGACUCGCGCGCGAUCAUGCUCUUCACUCCGCAUCUGUCUGCUCUUGAUCCGCUCAUGUCGUUUCUGAUGUGAUCCAGAGCGGCGGUGGAUUGAGAUUUUCUGCAGACUGGAAGAGAUUGUUGGGGGUUUUGAGGAUGUUUUUAUUCAUUCUGUUAUCAGCUCUGGUCCUGUGUGGAUGUGCACAAUAUUCCAGCGACCAGUGCAACUGGAGAGGAAGCGGGCUGACGCACGAGUCUCAUGCACGGGACGUGGAGCAGGUGUACCUGCGCUGUGCCGAAGGCUCUCUGGAGUGGCUCUAUCCCACAGGAGCCGUCAUCGUCAACCUGAGGCCCAACCUGCCGGUGUCGGAGGGUCCCCUGCGCGCCUGCGUCAAGCCGCGGCCGGACUCACUCGGGGCCAGGCUGUACGUGGAGCGGGCCGGAGCGCUGCGGCUGCUGCUGACGGAGCAGGACCAGACAGCCGGACGCGUGCGCUGCUUCAAUCUGCAGGAGGGGGUGCUGUUCGUGGAGGCCUCUGCCCGCCGGGACAUCAGCCGGAGAAUCACUGCCUUUCAGUACCAGCUGGUCUCCACACACACACCUGGAGACCAGCCCCACUCACAUACAGCUGCAUGCAGACCCUGUGCUGACGAGGAGCUGCUGAUGGCGAUCUGCACCAGCGACUUCGUGGUGCGCGGCAGUAUUCAUCAUGUGGAGGAGGAGGAGGAUGAUGAAGAUCAGGCAUCAGUGGUGGUGUCGGUGAGUCACGUGUAUCGUCAGAAGAGCCGUGUGUUCGUGUCCGGCGGCAGGGGGCGCGGGCGUGGCCGGUGGACGGGUCACGUGAAGAUGCCGCGGCGCUGCGGCCCACGGGCGGGACAGGGCGAGUUCCUCUUCACGGGAGCUGUGCAGUUCGGGGAAGCGUGGCUGGGAUGUGCUCCGCUUUAUAAAGACUUUGUCAGACUGUACCACGCUGCUCUGGACGCGGGAACAAACCCCUGCCACAUAGACACAGACUGAGAGACGCACUCAACAAACCUCUGCUGAACUUAACGGGCUCUGGUGAAUCUCAUGAAAACAUUUUUUAUUUUUUUUGUGGUUCAUGCCUUAGUCCAAGGUUGCAUUUUAUGCCAAUAUCAAAAGAAAUAAAUAAGAUAUUACAUUUAGGAUACUUAAAUAAAAUACGGAUUAUUUUAUUACCAGGUUUUGAAAUAAUUUUAAUAAUAAUUAAAUACAUUGCCCCUCCAAAAUUCUCAUUACUGCAUUUCACCCGGAGGAAUUAUUAUUAUUAUUUUAAUUUAUAAUUCAGAAUUUUCAGCUGGGGUUUCUUUAGAUGUAUUAUUGUCAAAUGUUUUAAUUUUACAGUAAUACUAUUAAUCACCAUAAAUUAAAUUUAAAUUCAGUACUGUAAAUCCUGACAUUAUGUAUAAAUAUUUCACUUAUUUCAAUAUUUAAUUUACUUUAACAUUACUGAAAUAAUAAUAAUAAUAAUAAUAAUUAUUAUUAUUAUUUGUUAUUAUUAUUAUUAUAAGUGAUACUAUUAAUAUUAUUAUUACAGUUGUUGUUGUUGUUCUUCUUCUUAUUAUUAUUAUUAAGGUUGAUUUGUAAAUAAUAAUUACAAAUAUUUAAACAAAACUUGAUAAUGUAUACCAUGGACCAAAAUUGUCAGAAUGUUAGAAUUAUUAUAAUAAUAUGAGGAAAAAACAGUAUUUAAAUAGUGAAAUAGUUGUAUAUAAUGGCUCUAUUUGUAGUGCUGAAUUGAAAUUAUAUAUAUUAGGGAUGGGCAUUUCAAAGUAAUAUUUGAAAAUCGCUGGGAAUUAUUCGAUUAUUAUUUGAUCAUUCGAAAAUAGCACCCCUUGCCUGAAUGCAUGCACGCCACGUCACGUUAUUAGGCUAGUGUUACACACCCAUAAACAGAGAGAGAGACCAUUCACGCUUUUAAUCUGUAUGAUAACAAACUGUUUAAUUUAUUUAAAGAUAGGCUAUCUUAACUCAAGCCAUAUAAUGAUUGUAACAUGCUGAAACAUUAAUAUAAUAAACGUAACAGAAUGACAGCACUUAUUAACAUAGCAGUCAAUCCAUUACUGCUAAUAAGGUAUUAAACUGCUCAAAAAAUAUAUUCCAAUACUUUCUCUCGCAAUUAUAUCAUUGGGUAAUUAUACUGUAUAUUAACUGCGGGCAUCAGUGAGCCGUUAUUAAUAUGCGGGGCAUUGAAAACGCUUUUGAAUGCGCAUGCACGCAACCGUUUUACUUUCACUUUGAAUAUAAAUAUUGAAAGGCUAAACAGCAUAAAUACGCAACCUUUAAAAGUAUUAGGCACUGGAGGAGCUCUAAUAUCAUUGGGUGGAUUUUUGGGUAGACUUUUCAAAUAUUAUGUGCAAAUCAAACAUAAAAGCCUUUUUAAAUGUACAGGUGUUUAUUUUACAGAUGCUUAACAUGCUGUAAUGUGGUUUAAUCUCAGACAGAUGCUGGGUUUGGCGGCAGGGAAGGCAAUUAAUGAUGAUAAUAUCUGAACGGGGUCAGAGGGCAAAGGUCAGAGAUCAACCGUUUUACAUUCACUUUGGAGAUUCGCAAUCACAUGUUUAUACUAUGGAGCGGCAGUACUUACCACACAUUUCACAAGAUUAGAUGUUUGUCAGUGGUGCUCAGGAUCUGCAAAUCAUUCGCCAUCAUCCUACUCUGUUGCUGGUAAGUGAAACUGCAUGUACUGUAAUGUAACAGCCUAUCGCUAGCAUGCGGCUAACCAUAUGUCCCUUUAGUGGCUCCGUAGAACGCGUUAUUCAUUUUCCGUGCCUUUCCCAGUACGGAUCCAGCACACAGAACUCUUAUUUGACAUCGUUCGUAGUUGCAAGUCUAUAGCGUCCGCGUGAGAGCGUGUUCUUCUGUUGUCUUUGACAGCUUUUAGGUGCGUUAUUGGCGAUGCUUACCUCUGCUUACGUGUCACCACCGCAUCAGCACCGAAAACAUGGGGAAUUUUUAGACAAAUAUAACCGCACAACCUAUUCGAUAUUCUAUGAAUAAAUCGACUAAUCGAAUAUUUGAAAAUCGUGACCCAUCCCUAAUAUAUAUAUAUAUAUAUAUAUAAAUAUAUAUAUUUUUUAAUUAUUAUUAUUAUUAUUAUUUUUAAAUUGGGGAUUUUAAAUUGUCCUGAGAAUAAUGUCACAAUUUAUUGUUUAUGCAAAACAUUUCUUCUUUAUUGGUGUUGAUUUUGGGGUGAAAUGAGGCCUGAGUGUGUUUUGGCAGGUUUUUCAGAUGGGAUAUCCAGUGCUUCCAGAUGGAUCUCAGUCAUCAAUCCUCCCUGAAGGUUCUGUCCUUGGUUACAGACAGAAGUUGUGUUGGUUUGUUUCUGUCUGUUCUUGUUGCCUGAUUACAAACGUCUUUAAGCCAUACAGAGAAUGUGUCGUUACACUCUGAUCCGUGAGAUGAGCUCUUGCCUGCAAGCGUGUGCUGCUGCGAGACAAUGAACGCUGCUUUUGUUUAAAGCUUUGUUUAUAGUUAUUGAGCGGUCAAUUCUUCUGACUGACGUCUGGAUUCUGUUCACGAGUGAGUUUGAGUGUAUUGUGUGUGCGUUUAUGCUGUGUGUAUGUGUGUGUGUGUUUUGUUUCUGUUCCUUGGACUCAGAGCGAGUCUGGAAUAAAACACUAAACCUAAUGGAAACAUCAUGGUGUCUUUUUCUGUUUUUGUGUUGCUGGGUGUUUUCUCUACAAGCUGCCCAACUAUGGAGAAAAUUGCUAAAUUUUCAUAUUAUCAUAUGAAUGCAAGCGAUUUCAGCUACACAAGUCUGAUGUCGUUGCUCAAAGUACAUUACCUGGAUGCCGUUACGAUUUUAAAUAAACGGUGUGUGUUCAGUUCAAUUGACAUCUGUUGGUUUAAUCAA